AUGAACUUUAACAUAGGAAGAUUUAACCAUCAGAUUGAUGUUCUCCGGCGUGAGAAUUUUGACCUACAAAUGGCAAAUGAACUACUACUUCGACAAAAUAGAUCUCUAGAGGAAAAGCAUCUGAAGGCUGAUGAUGAACUUGGCAAGGAAGAGAGUAAUACGUUGGACUCAUCCUACGUGGAACAGACUCUCAAUCAAGGCGAUCGCAGGAGGGCAGAACUCCGCUUACGAGAACUGAAAGAGGAAAACGCCGAGCUAAGAGAACGAGCUUUCAAGCUUGGAAACUCCAUGGAUCAAGACCAACGCCAGUUACAAGAAUUGGCACAAAAACUUGUGGGGAUGGAAACGGAUUGGGCGGCAACAGCAGAGGUAGCCAAAUCCAAAAUGGAGGAACUGGAGGAGAUGAGGAACAAGGAUCAAAAACUCAUCGCCAGUCUCCAGGACGAGUUGCGUCAAUGCAAGGCUUCGUCUGACAUCACCAGGAGGAGAAUGUCUUUUCUCGAGGAGCAACUGGAAGAAGAGAAAAAGUCCAGGAAGGAUCUUGAGGAGUUAUAUACAACAAAAUUACAAAGUCAAGAACGGAGGAUUGCCAAGGCAAAUGAGGUCGUGGAACAACUCAAUGCUCAGAUCGUUCAACUCAACCAGGAUAGUCACCUGAAGGACCAGGAGCUGUCGUCACUGAAAGCGAGAGUCGAUGAGCUGGAGGAAGCCUACCGUGCCCUGGAGUCAGUGACGAGGAAAUUGCAGGCAGAGAAUGACGAACUAAAGCAGGAGAAUUCUUUGCUCCACAGCCUCUUCGUGAACCCAAAAGCCCUUUAA